CCUGCACGUUGACUGGCUGGCACCGACCUAUGAGGAGUCCGCAGCUCAGAAAUUUCCCCAGAAAUCUCCCUCUUCCCGUCCGUCCUCUGAUCGCCGAAACAAGAGACAUCGAAACCCUAAUCGCCGUUGCAAGAUGCAGAUAUUUGUGAAGACCCUCACAGGCAAGACAAUUACUCUUGAGGUUGAGUCAUCUGACACUAUCGAUAACGUGAAGGCGAAAAUCCAAGAUAAGGAGGGCAUUCCUCCAGACCAGCAGCGUCUUAUCUUCGCCGGGAAGCAGCUCGCCGAUGGGCGCACCUUGGCAGACUAUAACAUUCAGAAAGAGUCCACCCUGCACCUUGUCCUUCGUCUGCGUGGUGGCAUGCAGAUCAUCGUCCAGCACUACGUUUCCAUGACGACCAUCACUCUGGAGGUUGAGCCUUUAUACACAAUCGACAUCGUCAAGGCGAAGAUUCAAGACACGGUGGGCAUCCCUGCUGGCGAGCAGCGCCUCAUCUUUGCAGGAAGGCAGGUUGAGGACGGGUGCACCCUGGCGGAUUGCAGCAUCCAGAACGAGUCCACCCUGACACUUAUCAUCCGCCUCCGCUGACCUUGCCUUGUUUGCUCUUAGCUUUCAGUGAUCUGUUGUUUGUUGUAGUCGUUGAAAUCUCUUAAUUUGUUAGUACUAGUAACUUUGUGUCGAUGUGGUGUGAAUAAACAUGAUGCUAUGAUAUCCUA